CACGAGUCGCCAUGGCGGGCGUGUCGGUCUCUUCAUAUGUGCUACAUUUUGUGGGCUAUGUUUUCGUUUGCAUCGCUCUGAUACUGGUCACGUUGUUGGCGUUACCGUUGAUUCUGGCACAAAUUGCCAGACUUCGCCAACCAGCGUGUGUAUGGAAGUCUCGACGGUCUUCGCUCUUCGUUGGUCGUGUGUGGCAUACCCGACACCGACCCACCAAGCACGCAUUCACGUAUCCCCUGUUUAUAUUUGCACUAGAUUUGCAAGAAGUCGAGGAUGAGGACAAUGGCUUGUUUGAAAAACAACUGUGGCCGCUGUCGUGGAUCAUAUCGUAUCGACCUACAGAUCAUUUAAAAGGCCACACUGCACAAGUACAAAGGAGUAGUGGACAGAGACGCCUCCGCAAUUCAUCGCUCUUGAGCCAAAAAAUCUAUGAAUUUGUUGCUCUGAAGACCAACGGGAAAUUCCAACCUUCUGACAAGACGCAUCGAAUUGUGUUGGUAACUCAUCUAUCCUACUACGGCUACUGCUUCAAUCCAGUCAGCUUCUACUAUCUGCUCGAUAAUUCUUCAAACAGUACAACGGCUGCGAUCGUUGCGGAAGUUUCCAACACGCCUUGGAACGAAAUGUAUUGCUACGUCUUGCAUCCAGACAGUGAGGACAUUAAGACCGUAUCGCGAAGGGAAGAUUCCACGAACUAUGUCUUUCAAAAGAAUUUUCACGUUUCACCCUUUAUGGAAAUGGAUUAUGUCUAUGAUUGGGUCUUUCGGGAUUUUGAUGGCGGUGGCAUACCGUCAAAUAUUCACGUUGCCACUGGAAUGAAACGAGUGGACGGCUCUUUGCAGUUUUUGGCCACUAUGAACGUCCACCGCAAAGGAAUGGAUCCGCUCACUCUGGCUUGGCAAAUCGUCUCGUAUCCAUUCUACUGCGUCAUAAUUCAAAUAUGGAUUCAUUACGAGGCCUUUUGGCUAUUUGCGAAAGGGAUUACCUUCCAGCCGCACCCUACCGGCGCAGAAAGCAUGGCAAGCAGGGCGAUUGGCUCGAUCAUGACGCCUUUCUUUCUUGUUCAUACUUGGUUGACAAAAAAGACGCAAUGAGCAGUAUUUUGUAAAAGUGAAGUACAAAUAAUUGCAGGUUUAAGAAUG